UUCAAAUACAAGCUAAAGCCUUCCCUUAAAUCCCCAUAACCACCUCUCCUCUUUCCUCAAGUCUUAGCCUUUACCAAUUCAAAAGCUUCAAAAACAUCCCAAAACAGAAAACACCAUUCUCAGUAUUCUGUCCUCUUUUUCUUCCUUAUUGGGUUACUCAGUUUUGUCUGUGAUUUGGGCAUUCUUGAAAACUUGAAAUUUUCCAACUUUGAAUCAAUUACACUGCUUCCAAGUCCUCAAAGGUAGAAACUUUUGAAUACCCAGUUCCAAUUUUGGCUUAAAUUCCCAUUCUUUCGAGUCUUUUUCCUUCUUGCCUUUGGACCCUUUCAUCACAAAAUCAUGCUUAGCAUGCAUAUUUUAGCAUCCAAUCCUUCGUGAUUUAGCUAGAUUCAGAUCUUAGUUUGCUGCUUGUUUAUGUCAGCUGAGGUCAAAAUUGCACAAUCCAUGCUCUAGCUUGCUAAUUAAUAAUAUAGAAAUGGACAUGAGAGUGAAUUGGGAGCAAAAGAGUGGUAUUGUAAAUGAGCUAACACGUGGCAGGGAGCUUGCUAGGCAGCUCCAGAUCCAUCUCAAUGCUACAUCAACUUUGAAUCCUUCCACGAGCUCUCAAACAGCGUUAACUCGCCAGAUGCUGAUCCAAAAGAUCAUAUCUUCCUACGAAAAGGCACUUUCGAUGCUCAAUUCUUGCAGCUCAGCCCCAAUGGCAGUAGCAGUAGAGCAACUACACCAACAACAACCUACAUUUACAGUAGCUGCUUCCACGGCUGUUGUUACGAUUCGAAUGGCUGACUCCCCACCUUCGCUAAAUGGGAGUCCUCGGAGUGAAGACUCCGAUGACCACAAAGAUCCCUCUAGAAAAAGGAAAGGUCUGGCAAGGUGGACAAAACAAGUAAGAGUAACAUCAGGUAUGGGGCUUGAAGGGCCUCUUGAUGAUGGCUUUAGCUGGAGGAAGUAUGGCCAAAAGGACAUCCUCGGAGCCAAAUAUCCGAGAGGGUAUUACAGAUGCACUCAUCGAAAUGUUCAAGGUUGUUUGGCCACAAAACAAGUGCAACGCUCCGAUGAGGACCCAAUGAUCCUCGAAAUUACUUACCGAGGAAGGCACACUUGUACUCAAGCAGCCUCCACCUCCGUAGCUAGUCCUCCUCCAAAACCAAUGUCACCAUUGCCUGAUCAAACACCAGAACCACCACAGAUCAAUCAGCAGCCUCAACAUAAUAUGCUCUUAAGCCUCCCUGAAGGCCUCAGGGUCAUAACCGAAGGCCUAGACACUAGUCAUGAUCGUCGUGGCGAAUUAUUAGUUCCCUCAUUCAACAACAACAAUUAUGUGGGGAACUUUUCUCCUUCAUUAACUAUGCCUACUGCUUCAACUUCUGGGACAAACUAUUUCUCUGUACUGUCUCAGCAGGACUUUGGUGGUAACCAAAAUCUGCAGAUCAGCGCUGCGGCCGAGUCUCAUGAUAUAAUCUCAGCUGCUACUUCAGCUUCCAACUCUCCGACUGUUGGUUUAGAUUUUCCAUUUGCUGAAGCUGAUCAUCAGAUAUUAUACCCCAACUUCACUUUUGAUGAUCCUGGAUUUUUUCCCUAAUCUCCUACACAUAGCUUCCCAAAAGUAACAUAUAAAUCGAAGCAAAUUAGCUUGUAAAAGCAUUUGAGGUAGCUAGGUCGUAUUUUUUUGCUGUAAAAUGAAGAAGCAGCAAAAUUAGGACUUCCAAAUGUGCUUAAUUAAGGAAGCACUUUCUAAUUCCCUACCGUAGGCUUUAGCUUGUAGUUGCGGAUAUGUUGUGCCAAAGAGGCAAAGAGUACUAAAAUGUGUGUAAUCUUUUUCCAAUUGAAUAGCAAAUUUCUAUAUUUAUUCA